AUGAUUUAAUAGCAUAAUCAAACAUUCAAAUACCCAUCAAUUAACUAUUGCAAUCCCAAUUCCUCAUUUAGAAGAUAUGUAAAAGAUGAAACAUACACUGAAUGUAUUAUAGAACUCAAAGUUGAAGAUAAUUAGCGCUCAUCUAUAUCAACUGAAGGCUCAUAUGAUUAUUAUUCACAAUCUUUAAAAAUUAAUAAAAAGGCAAAAAUCCAGAAAAACAAAGAUAAACAAUUACCACAAAAGUCAGAAACAAAAAACAUACCCAAAAAUUUCGGAGUAUUGUUGAAAAAAUAUUUAUGUAGUAAAAAUGUAGAUAAUUAGGCAAUCAAAGCAUUCUUAAAGAAUGGAGAACACAAAAAGAAUUUCUCUAGACAGGAUUUCACUAGACUUUUCAAUGAUUCUAUUGCAGCAGACAUAUCCAGAGAGUAUUUCUCCGGAUUUUAAAUAAUACAUGAUCUUAUGAUAAGUGAAAAAAUAUAGGAUGUCAAAAAUCAUCUCAAAUAUAUAAGUAAAUUUUACAAUUCCACAUAUAAUAAAUAAGAGCUUGAUGAACUCAAGUUAUAAUGA